CAAAUCACCUAAUAUAAAGCCAAGCAACAUCGUGUCUUUUCCAGUUGGGAACACCCUGCUCUUCAUCUGCGAAUCUGUUUAUUUGCCUUCUUCUGUGCUAUGAUAUUCAUUGAAUGUGACUGUGAUUUAAGGCCACCCAUUUUGUGAUGGAUAACAUAUCUUAUGCUGUGAAACUGACUCUUAUGGUGCCCAGAGACUCAAAAUCAUAUAGGCAUUUAUAUUUCACUUGUUUUCUUUACCUCUAUCUGCUUAUUUUGUCAGUGAAUAUUUGUCUUGUCAUUGUAAUUAUAAUAGAGAAAUCUCUACAUGAACCGAUGUACAUAUUCUUAAGUCAUCUGUGUAUUAAUGGGGUUUAUGGAGCCUCAGGAUUCUACCCUAAAUUUCUGUCUGAUUUAAUAUUGGAUUCAUAUGUGAUCUCCUCUCACAUGUGUGCUCUGCAGACAUUUGUUAUUUACAGCUCUUUACUGUGUGAAUUUACAAUAUUAACAGUGAUGUCAUAUGAUAGAUAUGUAGCCAUAUGCAAACCUUUAGACUAUCAUUCCAAAUUAACUACAUUCAAUUGUUUGAAAUUAAUUUUGUUUUCAUGGAUUGUACCCAACUGCGUCACAGUUACAGCAGUCCUGUUAUCAAACUUGAGGCCAUUUUGUAAAAAUCACAUUGAUAAAUUAUAUUGUGACAACUGGUCAAUUGUAAAACUGUCAUGUGAAUCGUCUUUUGUUAAUAAUAUCUAUGGAUAUGUCAUUUGUGUCAUAUGUUGUAUUUGUGCAGUUAUUGUCAUUGUAUCCUACAUUAAACUGAUCUCUGCAUGUAAAGCAUCUUUAGAAAACAGAAGGAAAUUCUGGCAAACAUGUCUGCCACACAUAUUAUCACUGAUCAAUUUCACUUUUGCUAUGAUGUUUGAUUUCCUGUAUAACAGAUAUGGUUCAAAUGACAUUCCAGAGAGUCUGCGUCAUUUUUUUGCUUUAGAAUUAGUUAUAGUCCCACCUGUUCUUAAUCCUGUAAUCUAUGGGUUAAAUAUUAGAGCAGUGCGCAAAAGAGUUUUUAUUUCACGUCUUGCAGCAAGAGAAAGUGUUUCACAUGCACCAAAAAGACGUAAAAUGUAAUUAAUUUUCUGUACUUUUCUGAAAGACAUGCUAAAACAGUUGACAAUGACAAUGUUUAUGAGUAAAUGUUUCACAAGCUCAAAAGGUUUAAAACCUAAAUUUCUAAUGGUUUAAUUACAUACAUGCAUACAUACAUUUUUGCUGUGUUUCAGAUUUUCUCAGUUGUCAAAGAGCGCUGUUGAUGCUACAUAAUGCGAAAAAUGUUAAAUGUAUUGAUUUACAUUUUUAACAGUAUGCAUUCUUUCAUGACUAUUAGUGUUAAGGUAAAUCAUGCGAACAUAGAUGAUCAUUUACACUGGAAAUUGGUUCUAUAUGUCUGCUGCUAUGAUAAUGGGUUUAGUUCUUGGCUUGCACUGUAGGUAGCUUUUGUUAAAUGCAUCUGAAUUGUCUUAAAUUCAAUGGUAAAUUUGUGUUUUAUCUAUGUUUUAGAUAAAUUCCCUUAUUUAAACACUGUACAUUUUCUGUCUGAUUAUGCAAUACGUUCUCACUCCCAACUCGUCUCAUUAUGGAUGCUUGGUCAGGACCCCUUGGUGUCACUUUUUUAUGUGUAGGAUGCUCUAUUGCUUUUUUUGGAUAUACUGUAAUAAGUGAAGUCACAGCACUGCCAAAUUGCUGCCACACAUUCUGUUGAAUAGGAAAUCAUCUUAUUUUAAUGAGUUAUUGCCGAACGAGUAUCCCUAUACAUUCUUACAUUGCAAAAGCCCUAACCAUUUAAAUAUUUACAAUUGGGAAAUUCCCUCCUUAUAAAAAGUGUGAGCAAGUUGUUCGUCUUCAUUAUAGCAAACAGAUCAAUGGAUAAACAAGACACCACAACAUAGGUAGGGUACAACGGGGCUAAAGGCACACCUUAAGAAAAAAUUUGCUUUUCACUACUCUCAAAGUGUAUGAUUGCAGGGAAAAUAUAUGUUUGUAUUGAACAUUGAUGGAGCAACAGAUUUUGUGUGAAAAUAAAUCAUAAAAGUGGUUAAUUUUGUAUAAAAUCUUAUAAAUGUAUGAGGUGGUGAGGGGGGCCUUUUACCCCACACAUGGGGUAAAAGGCCCCCCA